CGGAAAUCGUACAUUUCUUCCCCUCAMUUGUAGUUCUCACAAUUCCAAACUGUCUUCCAAUAGAAAGCAAUAAAUACACAAAAAAAWWACAUUUAUCAUGAMGUUUUCCCUCGCCGCCCUUUCUGUAGCUCUUCUACAAGCACCAAUGGCAGUGGUCCAGGGGUCCUUUUUUCGUAGUGCCUUAGUCAAUGAUAUUGGCAGCAAUGGUAAAGUGCUCGCAAGCGAAGUUAUUCUGAAGGGAGCAACUGGCGAACCCACAGCCGAAGACAUGGAGUUCAUCGGAAAGGCUCUCGUUGCUUCGUACAACAAUGUCCACUGGGAGGUCGGUCACUACAUGACCGGAAGCCAUGCUGUUGAUUUCAAGGGACCUGAUAGCUUCUUGUGUCGCCACUGCCCCGACGAUGACUCCAUGRGAGGUGCUGGUGCUGAAACCAGUGUCUUCGAGGUCAAGACUCCAAUUGGUUUCUUGUGCCGCCACUGCCCAGAUGACGAUGCCAUGGGCACGGAUUCUCUCUUGAUGGCGGCYAUCUCUGAGGACUGCGCUGGACUCUGCGAGAAGGAAGCUUCCGCUGAACUCGAGGUGAGCUUGUGUAGCAAGAUUCGAUCCGCCCAAGAUUCCAAAUAUCUCAGCUCCGUCAAGGCUUGCGUCAUCCGUUUUGACGCUGAAGACAAGAAAUCCAGCAACAACAAGCGUAUUUCUUCUGCCACAAACAAAGUUGCAACUGUUGACUCUACUAUUAUCUUGAAAGGAAUUGGUGCUGGUGAUGUCACCAAGGAGGAACAAGCAAUCCUUGCCAAGGCGUUUGUCUCUGCUUACAAUGAUGUUCACUGGGGCACCAACCACUAUUUGACUGAUGCAGAGAUCCCAUUCACUGCUGCUACCGAAAGCCCCGAUGGAUUUUUGUGCCGCCACUGCCCUGACGAUGACUCCAUGGGAGGAGCUCAGCAGACAAACACCUUGGUCUUGGACAUUAUCAGCCCUGUUGAGGCAUUCUUGUGCCGCCACUGCCCAGAUGAUGAUGCCAUGGGAAGCCAGUUCGACAUCCAAUCCCUCAACUCAAAUGCCUUUGACAAAAAGGCCAUUGAAGUCGCCUUCUGCAAGAAGAUCCAGAAUUCUGUCAGCAAAAAGUUUGCUACUACCAAGUCGUGCUCCAUUGCGGUCGAGUCAGUGAUCGCCACAGAUGUCGCUGCUUCCAAGGCUGCGUGGUAAAUGCAUUCGUGCAUUCAAUCUUUGAGGCUCCUGUGCCUACUUUCUACCUAGGAACUCACAGGUGAUAACACGAAUCAUAAUAGAAUCUAACCAAAAUGGGGGUAUUCCAGAAUCAAGUUUAUAUACUACACAAUACAAAAAAUCAAAGAACUUCACACAAUUUUUAACAACUUGCGAGGUAUGAUUUGUCUACUUUUAUCGACUCGACUUUUCCUAUCUCGACGUUAACGAUGGACGUGAUAGGGSCAAAAUCCGUGGUGAACAUAUAAUGAAUUUCCUCUAACCAC